GGAACCCAAAGCGUGUCGAAGUGCUCCGGAUCCGGAUCCGCGCCGCGUCUUGCAUGCGACCGCGCGCUUCGGUAAAAUGGCUGUGUCUCGCGGAGCCUCGUGCUGGUUUGAUCGGUUUCUCUCUCGCGCUCUCGGUCUGUAAGAGGCCCUCCCUCCACACACACACACACACACACACAUACACACGGGCGUCGGUUAAAAUCAUUCCCGGGACCUUUAUUUAUAUUCUCCAGGAAACUUUUCACACUCGAGUCGCGUUCGGGAGAGCAGACCGACUCCGGUCUGAAAGUGGAAGGAAUGCUACGGGACGCGGGCACGUCUUUAUAAGAGCGCUGUGUUUAUAUUCAAAGUGACUCGCGGUGAAAGAGAGAGAGAUCAUGGCCGCUCAGGUCGCCACUCUCAACGCUAGCCCGCCCGCCGAACUCAAGAAGCCGGAGCGGGAGCCGCAGGACGGGCCGGUGCUCGGAGAGAAGCCGCAGGAGAGCACCGAAGCCGGAUCCCCGGGACAGAAGGAGCUGCAAGACGGGGCCGAUGUGGGGAACGCUGCUGCCGGGGGAGGAGGAGCAGGAGGCGACCCUGACAUGAAGAACGGCAGCGGGAACCCGUCCAGGGUGAACAAUAACAACAGCCAGAAUGAGCCGGACGGGAACAGCCACCCCGGCAUGGCUCCCCAACACCAGGGCGCCUUCCCUCCACCUCCGUACGGCUACAACCAGCACUACAACCGGCCCCCUUUUCAUCAACAUGGCGGACAACAAAGCCCUGGCAUGGCCGGGCCGGCGGUAAUGGACCCAUACCCGCCCAAUUCGCACGAGCACGGCUACCCGAACCACUUCAACAACUACAGCGCCUUCCCGAACCGGACUCCGUACCACCAGGGCCAGGGCUACGGCAUGAAUUCGCCGCGAAACAGCCAGCCGCCGGCGGCCGGGGGACAGCCGGGCAAGCAGCCGCCGCCGGGAGGAACUACGACGAUGGCUGCCGCCGCCGUCGCCGCUUCCUACAACAGCCAGAGGUACAGCAUGGGCACCCCUCAGCCCACGUCCACCCCGACGCUGAACCAGCUCCUGACCUCCCCCAGCUCGGCCCGGAGCUACCAGAGCUUCCCCGCAGGCGAGUUAGGCGGCCAGGAGGCGGCUGCCAAGGGACCGGGGGACAUGUGUAGCGUUAGCCAGUUCGGUGGGGGCCACCCGGCCUGGCAACAAAGAAGCCAUCACCCUCCUCCCAUGAGCCCGGGAAACACCGGACAAGCCCUCAACAGGACCCAGCCUCCAGGCCCCAUGGACCAGGUGGGUAAAAUUCGAGGGCAACAUUAUGGUGGUGGAAACCCCUACUCUCAGCAGCAGGGGCCUCCCCCUGGCUCCCAGCAGGGUCCUCCUUACCCAGGACAGGGUUACGGUGCCCCGGGACCCCAGAGGUAUCCUAUGAGCAUGCAGGGCCGCACUCCCGGAAGCAUGAGCGGAAUACAGUACGGACAACAGAUUGGCUUUGGACAGCAUGGCCCCAGUGGUUAUGCUCAGAACCAAGGUGGCUACUACGGACAACAGGGCCCUUCACCUCACGGAGGCCCCCAGCCGUCUCCAUACCCCCAGCAGCCCUCCACUGGAGCGGCCUCUCAGCCCCCUUACUCCCAGCAACCCCCUGGCCCUCCCCAUGGCCAGAGUGGGCCCCCUUACGUUCCCCCUCAGGGCCAGCCUCCAUACUCCCAGACUCCACAGCCACAGUCGGGACAGCCAGCCUUCCCCCAGUCCCAGGGUCCCCCUCAGUCACAGGGUCCGUCUCAGGGCCAGCAGGGGUCGCAGCCCGGAUACACUCAACCACCUUCCGGUCCAGGGCAGCCUCCUCAGCAGCAGGGGCCCUCACAACAGCCGCAAGGCCCGCCACAAUCGCAGCCGCCCGUCUCGGCGCCCCCUCCGUCAUCCCAGCAAGCUUCAGGACAGGGUCAGCCCUCACCUUACUCCCAAACCCCUCCACUGCAGUCUCAGCAGCAGCAGCAGUCGCCCUUCCAGCGCUUUCCUCCGCCACCUCAGGAGCUGUCUCAAGACUCCUUCAGCUCUCAGUCUUCAGCUCCUUCCUCCAAUCAGCCCAUGGGGUCCGUGAAGGGCGGUCCAGAGGAGACCAUGCAGGGACGACCCUCCAGCCUGCCUGAUCUGUCGGGCUCCAUCGAUGAUCUCCCCACAGGCACGGAGGGCGCGCUGAGUCCGGGGGUCAGCACGUCAGGAGUGUCCAGCAGUCAGGGGGAGCAGAGUAACCCGGCGCAGUCGCCCUUCUCGCCCCGAAACCAGAUGCCCCCUCGACCCUCGAGUGUCCAGUCGGAUGGUAUUUUACAUUCUUCCAUGGGUCAGGAUAGAGUAUACAUGAGGAACCCUCAGAUGCCAUACAGCUCUCCUCAACCCGGGUCAACUUUAUCCCCACGGCAGUCAUCUGGAGGCCAAAUGCAUGGUGGGAUGGGUUCCUUUCCACAAAACAACUCCAUGGGCAACUAUGGGCCACAGGGUGGCCAGUACGGACCACAAGGUUACCCAAGGCCACCAGGUUAUGGAGGCAUGCCUAAUGCUAACUAUCCGGGUGGUCCUGGCAUAGGCGGCUCCAUGAACCCUAUGGCUGGUCAGGGUGGAGGAGGGUCGUAUGGAGGGAUGCCUCCAGGACGCAUGGGUCCGGGGCAGAUGGGUACAAGGCCGUACGGCCCUGGCAUGGGCCCCAACAUGGGCCCUAACAUGGGCGGCAUGCCUCCUCAGGUGGCGUCAGGAAUGUGUCCGCCGCCUGGGAUGAACAGAAAGCCUCAGGAUCCCGCAGCAGCGGCAGGGAUGCACCAUGGCCUAUCCAACUCCAUACACAGACCGCCUGGAUAUCCCAACAUGAACCAAGGAAUGAUGGGAGCCGGGUCUCCGUAUGCCCCGCCCAUGAACAGCAUGCAGGGUAUGAUAAAUCAAGCGGGACCGUAUCCCAUGCCCGGAAACAUGUCCAAUAACUCUGCCGGCAUGGCUCCCAGUCCAGAGUUUGGCAUGGACAAACUCAACCAACCUCAGAAGUUGAAUAACAAGGUGGAUGGGACGCCUAAGACCGAAUCGAAAAAGAAGUCCAGUUCCUCGACCACCACUAAUGAGAAGAUAACCCGUCUGUACGAGCUGGGUCCAGAACCGGAGCGCAAAAUGUGGGUGGAUCGUUACCUUGCGUUUGCUGAGGAGAAAGCCAUGGGCAUGACCAAUCUCCCCGCUGUGGGCCGUAAGCCCCUCGACCUCUUCCGCCUCUACGUGUCUGUCAAAGAGAUUGGCGGCCUCACUCAGGUGAACAAGAAUAAGAAGUGGAGGGAAAUGGCCACUAACCUGAAUGUGGGCACAUCCAGUAGUGCUGCCAGCUCUCUGAAGAAACAGUACAUCCAGUGUCUGUACGCCUUCGAGUGCAAGAUCGAGCGAGGGGAAGACCCGCCGCCCGAAAUCUUCAACAAUGACCCUAAAAAGAAUCAGGCCAAGGUCCAGCCUCCUUCACCAGCUGGAUCAGGAUCGUUACAGGGUCCUCAGACACCUCAGUCGACCAGCAGUUCUAUGGCCGAAGGGGGAGACCUGAAGCCCCCUACACCUGCCUCAACACCGCACAGUCAGAUGCCACCCAUGCCUGGUCCUAGGAGCAGUGUGAAUUUGCAGGACCCUUUUGCUGAUGGUGGGGAUCCAGCUUUUCCCAGACGUAACUCUGUGACCCCCAAUUCAGGUUAUCAGCCUGGUAUGGGUGGACCAGACAUGAUGGGCCGCAUGGGGCCUUUUGAGCCCAAUAAGGACCCCUUUGGUGGUAUGAGAAAAGCAGGUGAGCAGUUCAUGAGCCCAGGUCAAGGCCCAAACAGUGGCAUGGGUGAACAAUAUAACCGAGGCCCCCCAGGACCUAUGGGAAAUAUUCCGAUGGGUCAAAGACAACAGUACCCAUUUGGUCCAGGAUUUGACAGACGACCAGAAUCGAGUAUGGGCCCAGAUGUCAGUGUGGGUCCACAGCCUAACAUGAUGCCUUCAGAUACAGGGAUGUACUCACCCAACCGGCCCCCUCAGCAGCAGAGGCUUGAUUCUUACAGUAAUCAGUACCCUGGCCAAGGUGCUCCCCCUAGUGGACCAUACCCAAACCAACAGUCAGGAAUGUACCCACAACAGCAACCGAAUUACACACAGAAGAGACCAGUUGAUGGUGUUUACGGUCCUCCUGCAAAGCGUCAUGAAGGGGACAUGUACCCUUUCAGUGGUCAGCAGCAGGGACCCCAGGCCCCAGGUGGACCUCAGUCCCAACCAGAUAUGUAUAACCAGUAUAAUGCCUAUCCAGGUUCCGACAGACGCCCACCAGGCCCACAGGGCCAGUUUCCUUUUGGUUUCGGGAGAGAUCGAGGACCUAACACGGGCGGUCCAAACUCCCAACCCUCCAUGCCACCACAGAUGAUGGGUAGCUCCAUGAGUGGCUCCAUGCCUUCAGUCCCCGAUGGACCCCAAGGUCCCAUGUGGCCUGGGCGUAAUGAGAUGAACUACCCAAACUAUCAUAAUCGCCAGGGGCCCCCUGGUGUCCCUUCCCAAAGUCAAGGCUACCAUGGCAUGAAUCGUUCUGAAGACAUGAUGCCUUCAGACCAGCGCAUGAACCACGAGGGACCUUGGGCUGGCCAUGUUAACCAGCGGCAGCCCCCAUACGGGCCUGGAGCCUCUGGGCCACAGAUGGCCAGACCUCUUCAGUCCAACUAUCAAUCCUCCCAGAACCACAUUCCACAAGUGUCUAGCCCUGCACCCAUGCCAAGACCAAUGGAGAACAGGACCUCGCCCAGUAAGUCUCCAUACAUGCACACGGGGAUGAAAAUCCAGAAGGCUGGACCUCCAGUUCCUGCAUCGCACAUUGCCCAGGCGCCAGUGCAGCCCCCUCUGAUUCGGAGAGAUGUGGCAUUCCCACCAGGUUCAACAGAGGCCACGCAGCCCAUUCUGAAACCGCGUCGUCGGCUUACCAUGAAGGAUAUUGGAACACCAGAGGCCUGGAGAGUCAUGAUGUCCCUCAAAUCAGGCUUGUUAGCAGAGAGCACUUGGGCUUUGGAUACCAUUAAUAUUCUUCUUUAUGAUGACAACAGCAUUUCUAACUUUAAUCUGAACCAGCUUCCUGGCUUCCUUGAACUCAUUGUUGAGUAUUUCCGAAGGUGCCUCAUUGAGAUCUUUGGCAUCUUGAAAGAGUAUGAGGUUGGAGACCCUGGGCAGCGUACGCUAAUUGACCCAGAUGCCAUUGACCCCGAGAUGUCUGAUGAGGAGGGGCCAGAGGCAGAGCAGAUGGAAGAGGAGGACGAGGAUGACGAUGAAGAUGUAGAGAACAACACUGUGCAGACGUCACAGGUCCAGGUCAAGCAAGAGAAAGAGGAGCUCACACAUGUAGAAGAGAGGGAAGGUGAGGAUACUUCAUGCAAAGAUCAUCUCAGAUCAUCCACCCCAUUGCAGGACACCAGUGCCUCCCAGGAGAGGCCAAAGCAGGCUAGUAAAUUUGACAAGCUUCCCAUCAAGAUAUUGAGGAAAAAAGACCCAUUUGUGAUUGGGUGCACUAGUAAAUUGGGUCGGCGACAAGCCUUUGAUAGUGGUCUUAUCCAUUGGAGUGUAGGUGGUGGUGACACCACAGAACACAUACAAACCCAUUUUGAGAGCAAGAUGGAGCUCUUGAAGCAUCGGAAACGGGUGCCAGUGAAUGUUGAGCCACGUAAGAAGGUGUCUCAUGUAGUGGAGACUGUUACAGAGGAUGCUGAGAAGGCUCAGACAAACGAAGAGCAGCAACAAGUACAACCUCAGCCAUCCCCAGUCCAACCAUCGUCCGAAGGUAAAAGCACUACAACAGCAAGCACGUCGACGAGUAUAACGGCCACCAUUGAUGAUGUGCUGUCGGCUCGGCAAGGCUCCGUGACGGAGGAAGCGGUCCGAGGCAACCAGGGCAGCGACAAAGAGAAGAAUAUGUUUCUCUUUGGCAUCGAUCUUGCACAACAGAGUCGCAAUAUCAAGAUCUUGGAGGACGAGCCGCACAGCAAGGACGAGACCCCGCUCUGUACGCUCUUGGAUUGGCAGGAUUCCCUCGCCCGCCGCUGCAUCUGCGUUUCCAACAUUGUUCGCAGUCUUUCCUUCAUUCCUGGGAAUGAUCUGGAGAUGUCGAAGCAUCCCGGACUUUUGCUGUUACUUGGCCGGCUGGUGCUGUUGCAUCACUGGCAUCCUGAACGCAAGCAGGCCCCGGUUACUUAUGAGAAAGAGGAAGAGGAAGAUGAAGGGUUCAGGUGCGAGCGAGAUAAGUGGUGGUGGGACUGUCUCGAGGUUCUGCGGGAAAACUGCUUGGUCACGUUAGCAAACAUCUCAGGUCAGCUGGACCUGUCCAUCUACCCUGAAAGUAUUUGCCUGCCGCUGCUGGACGGCCUGCUCCACUGGGCUGUGUGCCCUUCGGCGGAAGCGAUCGACCCCUUCCCCACGCUGGGGCUCAACGGGACACUGUCUCCCCAGAGACUCGUCCUGGAAACCCUCAGCAAGCUUAGCAUCCAGAAUAACAAUGUUGACCUCAUUCUGGCUACGCCGCCUUUCAGCCGUUUGGAGAAGCUCUACGGCUUCCUCGUGCGCAUGGUUGGCGACCGCAAAGUGCCCGUCUGCCGGGAGAUGGUGGUGGUGCUGCUAGCCAACCUGGCGCAAGGCGACAGCGUCGCGGCCCGGGCUAUUGCUGUGCAGAAAGGCAGCGUUGGAAACCUUCUUGGCUUCUUGGAGGACAGUCUUGCAGCCACCCAGUUCCAACAGAGUCAGGGCUCAUUGAUGCACUUACAAGGUGCACACUUCGAGCCCACUAGUGUGGACAUGAUGCGGCGGGCGGCACGUGCCCUGCACGCCCUUGCCAAAGUGGAAGAGAACCACUCGGAGUUCACGCUGUACGAGUCACGGCUACUGGACAUAUCGGUGUCCCCACUCAUGAACUCUUUGGUGUCCCAUGUAAUCUGUGACGUACUUUUUCUGAUCGGCCAGUCAUGACAGCCGUGGGGGCGAUCAUGUUUUUCCCCACUCGUUUUUUUUAAUGUGUGUGUGUCUGCGUGAGUGGAGAAAAUUUAAGAGCGAAACUGACUGACUGUAUGUUCAUUUUUUUUAAUUUAUGCAAAAUCACCUCAGAUUCCAAUGUCUAUCCUUGUCUACCCUUGCUUUGCUCUCAAGGACGGAUAAAAGUCGUGAUGGAUUUAACAUGUAUGGAUAAGAAUUAAACUAACAUGGAUGUGCCGAUCGAGAUCCUCGCCUGCAAGAGUGCGCUGCCCUUUGGACUUGUUUUUGUAAGGAAAAAUAAAAUUACAAAAAAGACACAAAAAAAACAACGAAACUGUAACCAAAGUUGCUGUCACGUUUACAGUGAGUUUGGGGAAAAACCGUGCCCGUAUUCACCUUCCGGGUGAGGACAGGCACGGAGACGACCAUUAUCUGGUUCUUGGAGGCUAAAUGGACUCUCAGACUCUGGUGUGUGGUAUAAAUUGCUGUAACUUGGAUUAUAUAUGCUUAGCCCUAAAGGAACCAGGUCGUUGGCUGUGAACAGACAUGUAAAUGGGAGGCCUGUGCAGUAGAUUGUAGGACUUUUUUCUGUACUGUACACCUUAAAACU